AUCUCAUUAUCUCGUAGUAAUUUCAUACACACCCCGCCCGCAUUUCUACUGUAGCGCGGUAGUAGUAUAAAUAUGGUGGCGCGCAAGCAUUUGAUAAUCAAAUCAAGUCAGAGCGAGAAUUCAAAUGGAAGACGAUACAGGCGAAAAAUCCAGCUUCAUCGUCGGUCUUAUCGAGAACCGCGCAAAAGAGGUUGGAGUUGCUGCGUUCGACUUGAGAUCAGCUUCAUUCCACCUUUCUCAGUAUAUUGAGACUAGCAGCUCGUACCAGAACACAAAGACAUUACUGAAUUUUUAUGAUCCAAUGGUUAUUAUAGUUUCACCUACUAAGUUGGCUCCUGACGGCAUGGUUGGAGUCUCUGAGUUGGUUGACAGGUUUUUCUCUACAACUACAAAGGUUAUAAUGGCUCGCGGUUGCUUUGAUGACACCAGGGGGGCUGUGUUAGUAAAAAACUUGGCAGCGAAGGAGCCAUCUGCGCUUGGUUUGGAUAAUUAUUACAAGCAAUAUUAUCUUUGCUUGGCUGCAGCAGCCGCGACCAUCAAGUGGAUAGAAUCAGAGAAAGGGGUGAUCAUCACUAACCACUCCUUAUGUGUUACUUUUAAUGGAUCAUUUGACCACAUGAAUAUAGACGCUACCAGUGUCCAGAACUUGGAAAUCAUUGAGCCGAUGCACUCUAGUCUUUUGGGCACUAACAACAAGAAGAGAAGUCUGUUUCACAUGCUCAAGACAACGCGGACGGUUGGAGGGACAAGACUUCUGCGAGCCAAUCUUUUGCAACCUCUUAAAGACAUUGAGACUAUUAAUGCACGACUGGAUUGCCUGGAUGAAUUGACAAGCAACGAACAGCUGUUUUUUGGCUUGUCCCAGGCCCUUCGUAAGUUUCCAAAAGAAACGGAUAAGGUCCUUUGUCACUUCUGUUUUAAACAAAAGAAAGUUACUAAUGGAGUCUUGGCCAUUGACAAUUCCAGAAAGAGCCAAAUCUUGAUAUCAAGCAUUAUUCUUCUCAAGACGGCUCUUGAUGCAUUACCAUUACUGUCCAAAGUGCUUAAGGACGCCAACUGUUUUUUACUCAGAAAUAUUUACACGUCCAUAUGCGAGAAUGAGAAAUUUGAUCUCAUGAGGAAAAGGAUCGGAGAGGUGAUUGAUGAAGAUGUUCUUCAUGCACGCGUUCCUUUUGUCGCCCGCACCGAGCAGUGUUUUGCUGUCAAGGCAGGAAUUGAUGGACAUCUGGAUAUUGCACGGAGAUCUUUCUGUGACACCAGUGAAGCAAUAUACAACUUGGCAAGCAAAUACCGCAAGGAUUUUAAGGUACCAAAUCUGAAAAUCCCAUACAACAACAGGCAGGGAUUUUACUUUAGCAUACCUCAGAAGGACAUACAGGGAAAACUUCCCAGCAAGUUCAUCCAGGUUAAAAAAAUUCGACCUAUUUUCUUUCAAAAAACUCCUAGGACGAUUCCAACAUCCUCCUUUGGACAUUAUCAGGUCGUAAAACAUGGAAACAACAUACAUUGUUCUUCUCUGGAGCUGGCCUCUUUGAACGUAAGGAACAAAUCUGCAGCUAAAGAGUGUUAUACCAGGACAGAAAUUUGCCUGGAAGGUCUAAUUGAUACCAUACGGGAGGAUGUAUCUAUGCUCACUCUUCUAGCAGAAAUCUUGUGCCUUCUGGAUAUGAUAGUCAAUUCAUUUGCUCAUACAAUAUCCACGAAGCCAGUUGACAAAUAUACUAGACCUCAAUUUACAUAUGAUGGUCCAUUGGCAAUUGAUUCGGGAAGGCACCCCAUCCUUGAAAGCGUACACAACGAGUUUAUUGCCAACAACAUUUUUCUUUCUGAAGCAUCAAAUAUGAUAGUUGUCACAGGCCCAAACAUGAGUGGAAAGAGUACUUAUCUUCAACAAGUUUGUCUUGUAGUCAUCCUUGCUCAAAUUGGUUGUUAUGUGCCUGCUCGCUUUGCAACUUUAAGAGUAGUUGAUCGCAUAUUUACCAGGAUGGGAACUAUGGACAGCGUUGAAUCAAAUUCUAGCACGUUUAUGACGGAGAUGAAAGAAACAGCUUUUAUCCUGCAAAAUGCUUCUCAUAGAAGUCUGAUUGUUGUAGAUGAAUUGGGGAGAGCAACAUCUUCGUCUGACGGGUUUGCAAUUUCAUGGAGCUGCUGCGAGCAUCUUCUGGCUUUAAGAGCGUAUACUAUAUUUGCUACUCACAUGGAAAACCUAUCCCAGUUGGCCACAAUUUAUCCAAAUGUGAAAAUUGUUCACUUUGACGUUGAUAUUAAGAACAAACGCAUGGAUUUCAAGUUUCUACUGAAAGAUGGCCCUCGGCAUGUAGCACACUAUGGCCUCAUGCUCGCGGGUGUAGCUGGAUUGCCAAAUUCAGUGAUAGAGUCUGCAAAAAGCAUCACAUCGAAGAUUACUGAAGAGGAAGUGAAGAAAAUAAGAAUAAAUUCGCAGCAGCAUCAUCAUAUUCAAAUGGCUUACCGUGUUGCUCAGCGGCUGAUAUGCCUAAAGUAUUCCAACCAAGACGAAGAUUCUAUUCGGCAAGCAUUGCAGAAUCUCAAGGAGACUUGUGUUAAUGGAGGGCUUUAAAGCUUUCAUAAAUCCGGUUAUGAUAUUUUAUAUCUUCCUUUUUUUUUUUUGGGUGAUUGGAACUUGUAUUUAGAUUCCCUGAUUUAUUCGCGAGGCCAUUCUUGUGUAACACGCAAUUUUACAUAGUUGAUGCAUGCUACUGAGAAGCAAGUCUGGGAAUAAUGAUGUUUUUUGGGUGGAUACUAACUCACUGAUCGAACAUUAUCCAUCUAAAAUUCGGCAUGGCUUUCGACUCUUUCCAUCGACUGCGAACAAAGGAAAUCCGGAUUCAAUGAAAUCGACUCUUCCUAAUUUGGUUUACGGGAAUGUUUUGGCUGUCGCAGCCUGCUACUAUAAAAACGUUUUAUUUUUUUUGCUAAUUUUUUAGGUUUCCUUUUCGCGAAUAUUUUGUUUUGUAAAGUGACCUAUUUAUCUAGCUUUUUGGUUCGGUGA